ACGAAUUAGUUCCGGCAGGUAGUGCAGACACGCAAUGGCCCAUUGGCCAAGAUGCUGAGCUUGAGGCCUCUGCGCUGCUCGCUGGUGCCGCUACGACGACUGCUAAGCUCGUCCGCCGUGGCUGCACCUCCCUCGCAAUCACUGUGGCAGGAUGUGUACAAUUUGGAUGCGACGCACUGUCAUGACCCGCUGGUGAGCGAAGACGACCUGCAGCUUAUGCUGGACGUGAUCACGGAUGACGAGGAAAAGGUUCUGUCGGACGAGUGUGCGCGCAUUCUCAAGCGCCGCCGCUUCGAGGAGAAUCACUGGGACGACGUCAUCAUCAAGUACAAGGAGAUGGAGCGCUCGCGCUGGUCCACCGAGACACAGCGUAUUCUCCAGAAGGUCCGCGAGGUUGCCAUUCUACCCAGAGACCUCACCUACUUCCCAGCUGUCCAUGUGAUUGAGUUGGCCGAGGACGGCUACAUCAAGCCUCAUGUGGACUCCAUCAAGUUCUCAGGCCGCGUAGUAGCCGGCAUCAACCUGCUAUCGCCCAGUAUCAUGAGAUUCAAGGAGGAACACGGCGACUCGGUCAUCGACGCGUACCUGCAGCGUCGAUCCAUGUACAUGAUGACCGGAAGAGUCCGCUACCACUACACGCACGAGAUCCUGCCUGGCGCACAGGUCUUUAGAGGAGAAGUGCCAGUGAACCGCACGCAUCGCAUCUCAAUCAUGCUGCGUGACGAGUUCCUCGAGGAGCACGUCGCCAAGUACCACACACCGUUCGCCAAGCCAGACGACGAGAUGCAAUGAAUUACAAUCAGUGUCCAAUGCAAUUUAAUAUUAGGGGGGGGUUGAUUGACUAGCUACAUAGUGGCGUCCUGUUCGCCGCGUCAAAAAGCGUGCAGUAUCUGUAGUUUCCACCGUGCUGCGAGCUCCAUACUCGUCAUCACGUGCCCGCCUAAUGCGGUACAGAUCGACUUGCCGUGAAGCACUUUUAGUGCUGCAUCUUCUUCCGAUGCGUCCAGCACGUGGUGACGCGCCUCAUAUCGUACACACGACGGCAUAGCAAUCCAGCAAAACUGACGAGUCCACUCAGACGACGACACGCACGUUGCUCUUAAACUUGGACGGUCCCGUGGAUCUGGAGCGAGGUUUCUCUGCAAAACGGUAGUCGGCGCGGUUGCUGUUGACAACGCGCGUCUCCUUUUUAGCGGACUGAGCAAUGGCAUCGGCCUUGCUAAUGCUCUCGAGUGACGACACGAUCUCGGCGGCACUCGGUCUCCGCGACGGGUUGUGCGACCAGCAUCGAGCCAUGAGCUCCGCCCACUUGAUAUUGCACUGACCGGGCUUCAUAAUUGGUCGGCAGCCCGACAGCACAUACUCGCUGAUCUCGGCGUUCGAGUGCAUGUCUGCGUACGGCAGUUCUCCUGUUGUGAGCUCCCACAUGAUGAGUCCGAAGCUGAAGAUGUCCACGGCCUGCGGACUCGUGCUGUCGCUCGGGAAUGCUCCCUUAUGGACUCGUUCCUCACCUAACUUGAGCAGUUCAGGCGCUGUCCAUCGCAGCAACGCUGAGCGCUCGUCGAUGCUGUCCAUUCUACUCCUAUCGAAGCCCACGGCCUCCGCCACACGUCGCGUGCCAAAGUCCGCGAGUUUGGCGUUCCACGAAUCGUCUACCAAAAUGUUGGUACUCUUGAGUUGUCCGUGGACAAGAGGUGGGUCUGCGCUGUGCAGAUAGAGCAGUCCUCUGGCCGCUCCAAGCGCGAGUCGUAUCCGCAAGCUCCACUUGAGGUUCACCUUCUUUUUGGCCAUCGGGUCACUGGUCCCGCCUGGUGCACUGGCUGUACUUGCAGA